GUGCGGUCAUAGAUUGUCAGCUGUUGUAUGUUGUGUUGACAGCAACCGUUGAACCGCUAGUAUGGCACUCCGCACUAGUGUCUGGUAGUGCUUGUUUUGAAUUCAUAGCGUGAUGACGCGUUCUCGUGUUUAUUAAAACUUGAAUGAACUUCCUUACGCACAGCAUCGUUGUUAUUAUAUAGAAAAAUGUUAGGAUUUAUUUGUUUAGCUGUGAUAGGCGCGAUAACGGUGGCCGUGUUUUUGAUUGAUUCCCUGUGGAGCGUUUUGGAACUGAUAACGUCAUAUUUAACACCUUAUUUCAUACCCACAGAAGUGUUACCCUUGUCAAAGAGGUUCGGACCUUGGGCUGCGGUGACCGGUUCCACGGAUGGCAUCGGUAAGGAGUACGCUCUCGAGCUGGCUCGGCUGGGGAUGAACGUGGUGCUCAUCAGUCGCAGCGAAGACAAGCUGAGAACAGUCUCCAGGGAGAUCGAGAAGCUGCACGGGGUGAAAACCAAAAUCAUCGUAGCAGAUUUCAGCAAAGGAACUGAGAUUUAUCAGAACAUUGAGAAUGGACUCAAGGAUGUGCCCUUGGGUAUCUUGGUGAAUAACGUCGGAGUUCAAUACGAGUAUCCGAUGCCGCUGGUGGAGUUGCCUGUGAGUAAAGCCUGGGAGCUGAUCAGUGUGAACGUGGUCGCGGUGACAACCCUGACCCGCAUGGUGCUGCCCGGGAUGUUGGCCCGGGGGCGGGGGGCCGUCGUCAACGUGUCCUCGGGCUCCGAGCUGCAGCCCCUGCCGCUUAUGGCUGUGUACGCUGCCACUAAGUCGUACGUGCGCAGCCUGACGCUGGCGCUCCGUGCGGAGGUGUCUCCGACUGUGACGGUGCAGCACGUGUCUCCGCUGUUCGUGUCCACUAAGAUGAACACCUUCUCCCCCACACUUCUGGCCGGCAACCCGCUGGUGCCCGACGCGAGGACCUACGCAAGGCACGCCGUCCGCACGCUGGGGAGAGUCACCGCUACGUCCGGCUACUGGGUCCAUGGCGUUCAGAGUUUCUUCAUCAAACUAGCCCCGGAAUGGGUCCGGAUAAAGGUCGGCGCUCAAAUGAACAGAGAAUUCAGAGAGGAACACAUGAGAGCGAUCAAGAGACAAUGAUCGAGACAGUUUUAGUAGAAAUUGAUAUUAUGUUGAGCGACGUUCAAGACUCCACUAGCAACAGUUGCUUAACAGUUAACGCGACAAGUCUGAGAAUAAGUGUAUUUGUCGGUAUUUGCCGGUGGCUAUACAGGAAUGCAAUAGUUAUUAUGUUAAGAUAUUUCAAAAUAUACUUCCUCCUUAUUUUGUUGGUUGAAGUUGCAUUAACAGAAUAUCAACGUAAUCACACUAAACGGCCAAGUCCUUGUAUUGUCAAAGCGAAGUUUUGGAAAAAUUACCAACUGAUGUAUGAUGAUAAUUUUUUAUGUACAGUUUUGAUACUCCGCUGUUAGGACGCCGUAAUGUUAGGUCUUCAUUGAGUUUGCCAUAUUUUAGUUACUGUUACCAUGUUGUGAUAUUAUAUAAGGAAAAUAUAAAGAAAUAAACUUUAA